AUGGCCACGAUACCUUCGCUAGAUGAAGCGGAAGACACUUUCACUUCAACUCGCAUCCGUGAGGUGCUCAAGCCUACAAAUGCCAGACCUCCAGCUACGUGGGAGCCGCAGUUUGAAGUGGAGACUUUCCGAAGGAAGAUUGUUAAUCGUGAGACAGGCCGGGUGAGAUUAUUUUCCGCUGAACAAAUGUACGAGAAUGCCAAAGCUUGGUGUGGCGACCUGUAUGACGAUUUCAAGGCCUCAAAUCUGAAUCUCUUAUGCCUUGACGACGCAUACGCCAAAUUGCUAUUUUGCAACUUCCAAGGAGUGCAGCAUGUAGAUCAGAUUGUAUCCGGAGUGUCCAAGUUGUUACGUAGAUUGCCAGUCGUCUCGAUGGAACUUCACAACCCUAAAAUUGACCCUCUGUACAGCGACAUGGCCCCAGAAUGCUUUAUAACGAACAAUGAACCAGGGUGGGUUAGUCUCCGCUUUGCUCGAUUCAUCAGUCGAAACGUGCUAUGCAUGGCUGUCGAGAUGCAGUUGCUUCGAAGCAACCUCCGCGACUCCGACUAUGAGGCUUUGAUCGACGUAACGAGCGAAGUGCUAAGGGCUGCCAUGGAACUCUCCACUGCUAAGCCAUCACUCGAGUGGUUCCUUAUCAAGGCAUUUCUUUGGUCAUCAUGGCAACGCAUGACAACUUUGUACCAUAAUAGGCAGCUCCAAAUCCAACUUCGAGGUUUCGACGCGCGACUACAUCUCAACACGGCAUUAAAGGGCGCCGAAAUCUACAACACAGUCCUAAAAUCUCAGUUAGACAGCGAGGAAACAUGCGCACCCGCCUACAUGUGUAAAUGGGCGUUAAGGGUAUUGCGCGAGGACAAAGCCAUUGUCGGGAGAGAUUUUCGAAGAUUCUUCCAAAUUUUCUCGCAAACAUUUGCUGGUCGCAUUCCGCGGUGCACUCACAUCAACGGUGCCGCAGCAAAGAGCUGUGACGGACGGAAACCGAGAUCUUGUCUUAGGUUUUUCGGACUGAAGAUUGAGAAUCAAUCAGCACAUUCUCUAAGUUGCUCUGGAACCUGCAAAAGACUGUAUUGGGACGAAGACUCAUGGAAAGCAGUUGGGGGAGGAGCUGCUGUUGCAUUAGAUUUGGGUCCUGGAAGUAGAAUUCGUUAUAUUCAUUCUUCAGAACGAACACUAGCAAUCUCGCACGUAUGGAGUCACGGACAAGGUGGGAGACCUGAGAACGACCCGGAUAAUGAAGGAACCGGUUUCAACAGCUGUCUCCAUCAUCGGUAUUCUAAAAUCGCGAGAUUAUAUGGAUGCGACUCUUAUUGGAUGGACACGCCUUGCAUCCCAACGGAUCAUGCACUUCGGAAGGACGCAAUAAGAAACAUUAACCGAAUCUUCACAGAAAGCAAAAUGACGCUCAUUUGCGACAAAGAUUUAAUGUCCAUUGAUGUACAGAAUUUGAACAUCUCAGUCGAAGAAUCCAUUCUUACCACAAUACUUGUUUGCGAUUGGAACGUAAGAGCCUGGACCACAUUGGAAGCAUUUAGAGGGAGAAAGAGUCUCUACAUACUUUGCAAGGACGAUCAUGUAGUAUCCUUGCACAAUGUUGCGCAAAACGUAUGCGAGAGCGGCGCAAUGGAGCUAUCUGGCCUUUUCCUAUCUGCACAGCAUUUGAUACCUUUCGAUCCGGAUAACAGACCUAUUGAGCAGCGCCAAAGACUUACAAAAGAUGACACCGACAGUCGCUUCGCAGACAUGUACCGAGCCGCCGACAUCCUCUCUUGUCGACAUGCAAGCAGAGAGGGAGAUGAGAUCGUAAUUUGGACUUUGCUUUAUAACGACAUUCCCUUUGACAACAUGGUAGACAUCUGGCGCAACCGAGAGUAUGUUCGGACCGGUUGGUUGGUGUCUGACCUGCCGAGGAUCAACCAAGAAGGCCUAAGUUGGGCACCUUCACAUCCCAAUUUCCAUCAUUCCGAUAAAGAUUAUGACCAGCAACGUAUCCCAUAUGAUGGACUAUACAGCAGAUUAGGAGAGGUGCUAGACGUCGGGCUGCUUGCUGAAUGGUCCGCGUAUGGAAUCUUCUCAGGAAACCUUAAAAGAAACAGGUGGAAAAUCCUCAAACAGAAAAUGUUCAAGGGUUACAAGACGGAUCUCGAACUUAAUCUUCCAGGAGAAAGUUUGUGGUCCCAAAUCACGUCAGCGGGUUUAGCGGGAAACUCAAGGGAGAGUUUUAUGGCACUAUUAAAGCCACUUCCUGUAUCAUCUUAUGAACCUAUCAAACAUCCCCGCUGGCCAUCAAAGCAAAUACUUGUCGUUGUAGCUUCAGAUGGCGGAAUAGCGAAUGUACCACGAAACCAGAAGAAAAAAAUGCCUCUGCGUUCUGGCGAUUUUGCCAUUAGCAGCAACAAUUACGUCUUUCGUAAAUGGCGUUGGAAAGGUAUCUUAGAGCUUGACCAAUCGACGACUCCUAUCGGAUUCAAGGAUCUAUGGAUUUUAAUCAGUUAA